AUGGCCGAUGCCAACACCCAAAGCUCACGUCGCGGUUGUCGCCCGAGGAAACGAGCACGCAUCGACAGCUACCUUGAGGACCUGUCCCCGGCUGAAGAAUCAAAUGAGACAGCUGAGGUCGUUCCAGAGGCUCCCCCGACCAAGAAGAAAGGCCCCGAGCAAGGGAACGAGAGGCAUAUGCCUUGCGGCCCAUGCGUCACCAGGGCUUUCACUACACCGGGACAGAAAUGCUACAACCAAGGUGGACUUGGCGUUGCGUGUUGGCAAUGCGCAAAGAAUAAUCAUCAGAAGACAUGUGUUCCUGUUCCCUUGCAUAUCCACUCUAAGCUUAAAGCUUGGUGGGACCAGAACCGUACCGAGAAAGAGGACGAUAGCCGUACCAAGGCGUUCGUGGAAGAACUCCAAAACAUCAUCAGGGAGAUUAGAGCCCACAAUAAGGGCGGUGUUCAACCCCCUCUCUCCGCUACACCUGGCUCAUCCUCCGCGGGCCAAUCUCUGUUCACCACACUCCCCCGCAAUAGCCCGCAUACCGAGACCGCCGAGGAAAAGGAGUACAGCAUUCGUAAAGUCGAGGCUUUCGAGGCCAUUGCCAACUCGGCCGCCAAAUCUGCUGAGGCUUUGAGCCUCCUUGUCAAAAAUACAGACCAGAUGAAGGAUGGCUUGAAAUAUGUAGGAUCAGACGACGCCGAAGAGGAACAAAACUGUUCCCCUUCUCCUUCUCGAUCUACCGAAGAGGAGUCACUUCUAGCCGUCAAAGACCACUACAUCUCUCUUCUCUCCGAGCGCUACGAUUCAACCGAUAAACCCCUGAUCUCCAUCAGCGAUCGAGACGCCCUCCUCGCUCUCGCUGCCGCCCGUGAUGGCACUAUCGGCGGUCUGCUCCAACGAAAGUACAUCGUAGCGAGCACCCGCUAUCGUAAGGAGCGUAGCAGGCGCACGUCAGGCGCACGGAAUCAUGGCGCUACGGGCUCGGCGGUCAGGCUGAGAGGCCCCGGCGUGGAAGCGGCGCAGCACCGCCUUGUAACAUCAGAACUACUCGAAGAUCUUGCGGGGGAGGGUGAUGAUGGAAUGGACUUCGAUAUGUAA